CAUCAAGUCCACUGUUUUCAGUUCUAAAGGAAAACGGAGUCGAUGCCUAACGCCGCAGUGCCGCGCUGGUUUAAACACGAAUGUCAUGAAUUGAAUCGGCAAGGUGCAAAUUCGCAUACAAGUGAUACGACGUAGCCUAACUCUCUACAGUUCUACUACCUAUAUACUGAUAAAGUGAUAGAAAUAGAAAUGGCAAGCUCCGUCACCGAGCUAUGUUGCCUUGACCUCGAGGUGCAGCUCCUGCCAGGGCAGGUUGAUGCGGGCGCCUCAGUGGCGCAGAACAGGAAACUGACGUUCACUAUCACUCUUAACAUCAAGCCUAACUUGCCUCAGACUCUGUGUGUGUGGAUCACGGACGCAGACGACCCGCAGGUGCUGCUCACGUCCUGCGUCUCCGCUGCAGACUACCCAAGCCUCAAGGCAGCCCAGGGCCUGCUUGUUGAUUUCCAGUCAUUCCAGCAGCAUCUCAUCCAACUGCUGCAGUCGUGUCAGCAGCAGCAACAUGGACAACUGCAACCCAGGAUGGGUUUAGUGCUGAGUGGGUGUGGGGCGGUGCCGGGGCUGCUGGGGGAGACAGCGGGGCACCCCCCGCAGCCUGGUGGCGUGAUGAUGCAGAUGGUGGAGCACAACAGCUUCCGGCGGCUAUGCCAUCUGGAGAUGGCGGUGGUACCAGCCGCCACCGCCACCAAGCUGCCGCCAUCGCUUGGUCAAGUGGGUAGCUCGAGUCGCGACCAACUGCUGCCCCUGCGUGAUUUGCUUCACUCCAGCAACAUGCAGACCAUUAGCGCCUUGCAGGCUAGGCUUGACGCCCACAAGCAGGACAUAAACAACAUUAUGGCUAAGCUUGACUCCAGGAAGGAGGGAAUUAACGCCCUAAGGGCUGAUCUUGACUCCUGCAAGCAGGACGUCAACGCUACGGACUCCCUCAAGCCCGUCGUCAACGCUACGGUUGACCUUCUCAAGCAGGCGUUUGACGAGGUUUUCUCCAUGGUCAUCAACUCCGCAAUGCAGGAUGUCAUCACCACGCUUCACUCAGCAAAGCAGGAUGUCAUCACCUCGCUAGACCCCAAUAUGCAGGAUGUCAACAGACUUGACUCCUUGUUCGCCAUGUUUGACCGCAUCACAGCCAAGUUUGCCUUGCUUGACUCCAUCAAGCAUGGAGGCGAGCCCAGUUCUCAGUUUCUCGAUGCGGUGAAUUACCUUAAAGAAGAGAUUCAGAAGAUUCAGGACUAACCCUGACGAAGAUGUUUUCCGAAGCCGAAGUACUUCAACAUCAAUACGAACGUACUUCAACAUUCAGCAUCAACGAUCUUCAACAUCAACAACGAUCUUAUUCAUUCUUUCGAAGUAGUUUAUUAUUAUUUUUUCAUCGUCUGAAAACUUUUGACUGAAAGCGUGGAAUUAUAUUUUCCGGAUUUUCAGUGUCUGCCAUCCACCAAAUUGAUUUAUUUUCUUGUAAACGGAGUUAUGUUUUUAAUGUGAAGUGAAGCUGUUGAAGACAAGUGAAGUGAAGUUUUCAGUGUGACAGUUUCAGUAUUUUCAGACAAGUGAAGUUUUCAGUUUCAGACAAGUGAAGUGUGAAGUGAAGCUAAUGUGAAGACAAGCUGUUCAUUUCGUUUGGAAGGCGCAUAGUUUUAGUGUGUAAGCCAUGGUUUUGUAUUGCCUAAUAAAGAGUUUUA